CAGGGUUAGAGGUUCUGGAGUGUUCAUGAGAUCCUCUUUUGCUCUUCACCUUUCACUCCACGGAAUCAAAAGCAAGUGCUGAGUUCCGUGUUCCUAUUCACAAAAACAUGUAGAGCACCAAACCCAACUUGCCAUCAAAGUUUAAUAAUAUAUUUUAUAUAUAUUAUACCAUUUGCUUGACAGUAGUAUUAAUAUUGCUGUUGUGGUGUGAUUUUGGUGUCUCUUUUUUAAUGUUAUGGUUGUACGGAGUUCGUGUGUUAGUUCAAUUCGUCGACAAGAAACCUUGGUUUGAUAAUUGAUUGGUUCUGUGGAGAGUUUUCCUUUGGUGUGGUUGGUUUGUAGGAAGUUUGGUUUGUUGGUGGCGGUGGGAAUAGCAAUGGCUAAUGAAGGAAACAAAAGCAAUGACUUCUAUACGAUCUUGGGGUUGAACAAGGAGUGCACUGAAUUGGAGCUAAAGAAGGCAUAUAAGAAACUUGCAAAGAAGUGGCACCCGGAUCGUUGUGCUGCAUCUGGGAAUUCAGAGUUAGUGGAACAAGCUAAGAAGAAAUUCCAGGAAAUUGGGGAAGCCUAUUCUGUUUUAUCUGACGCCAACAAAAGGCUAAUGUACGACGUUGGUGUCUACGAUAGUGAUGACGACGAAAACGGCAUGGGGGACUUUUUGGACGAAAUGUUAACAAUGAUGAGUCAGACCAAAUCAAAUGAAAAUGGAGAGGAGAGCUUUGAGGAGUUGCAUCAGUUGUUUGAAGACAUGUUUCAAGCUGAUAUUGGAUUGGAUGGAAGCCCCUCUCUUUCUUCUGCCGAUUGCUCUAAUUCAUCUGCUUACAUGACUUACAGUGAAAGUUCUAGUUCAAAUAAACGCAAUUCCACUGAGAUGAAAUUUGGGAAGGCAGAGGACUCCUCUGUCUUUGAUACCAGUUACCAGAAUUUCUGUUUUGGGGUCGGUCAUGUAAACUAUCAUUACCAAUGAGUGAGGAUACAAAACAAUGAAGUAUGUGAGGUAUGUGAAGAUGACAGGUGAACCUACUCCAAGAUAUAGAGGAAGAAAAGGAGAGAAUUCCAGAAGGAGGAGGUAGAAAUGGCAGAAAGCAAAAAAUAUCCUAUGAACAUGAUGUUUAAUCUGAUGAUAGCUACCAAUGAAGUUGUAGAAUUCAAAAUUUAUGAGAGAAAAGGAUUAAGGAAGAGCAUAGUUUAUACAGAAUUAGUUCAAGUACUAGGCCAUUGUGACUUCCUGCCAUGCCAUGCAAAGAGCAUGGUAGUGGAAUCUUCAAUCUCUUGCAAGUGUUUGAUUUUCAGAUAUUUAGUUCAAAAGUGCAGUAAUAACCAUUGUUGAUGCUCA